AUGGCUUCUCAAUUGUUGCGUUCUUCCCUUCGUGCUAUCGCUCGUCCCUCUAUUGUCAAGAGCAUUGUAGCCCCCUCCGUAGCUCCUCGUAUGCCUACUGUCGCUUUCAACGUGACCCGUUCUUUCUCUGCCGCCGUCCCUCGUUGGAGCAAUGGUGUUGUUGAUGCUGAUCUCGUUCACAAGUUGGAUGAAGAGCUUCAAUACGAAAAGUCUAACGAAGAAGUGGGUCAGCCCGAGUUUGUCAAGGAGUUUUUGGAGGCCAAUUCAUUCAAGAUUGAGGAUAAGGCUGGCGUAGAUGAGGUGACCCUUUCUCGCACCUUUGGCAAUGAAAAGAUUCGUGUCUUGUUUUCCAUUUCCGAUAUCAACAAUGCAACUCCCGACGAAUUCUUGCCUGAAGACGAUAUGGUUGAUGCUGAGAAUGAGGAGGAUGCUGUUUCAUUCCCUGUUCGUGCCUCUGUCACCAUUGAAAAGGAUGGUCAAGGUGCUGUUACUAUUGAUACAGUUGCCCAAGACGGCGAAAUCGCUGUUGAAAGUGUCAUGUACUACAAGGAUGGCAAAUUAGCCGAUGAGCAAUCUGCUGAAGCUGACUGGCAACGUCGUGGCCUCUACAUUGGUCCUCAAUUCGCUGAAUUGGAUGAAAGCCUUCAAACCCUCUUUGAGCGUUAUCUUGAGGAACGUGGUAUCAAUGCCGCUUUAGCCAACUUUUUGCCUGAUUAUGUUGAAUACAAGGAACAAAAGGAAUACACUCAAUGGCUUCAGAACAUGAAGAACUUUGUUUCUGUUUAA